UGCAAGCCCUGUCCCCAGCACCGCGGGCUGUGCUACCUGCAGUCACGCAGACCGCGAGCCCCGGCCACCUCUCUAAUGCCCUGUGUCCUCUGGCCUUCAGCAGGCUGGGUCACAGAGGCAUCCCCCCAGUCGUCCAUUCAUUCAUUGACUCAACAAAUACCUGUUCGGUGUCUACUAGGUGCCAGGCACCGCUGGGAAAACAGCAGACAAAACUCCCUGCUUUCCCGGAGCCGGCAUCUUGGUCGGCAGACUGCAUGAGCGAGAAGAGUAGGUGGAGGUGAAGGCGUGUGAACAGAAUUUUCCCACUGUGAAAACUCGAGCAGGUCUGGACAAGUGAGGCCGGCUCCAUGUAUCCAGAAUCGACGACAGGCUCCCCGGCUCGGCUCUCCCUGCGGCAGACGGGCUCUCCCGGGAUGAUCUACAGUACUCGGUAUGGGAGUCCCAAAAGACAGCUCCAGUUUUACAGGAACCUGGGCAAGUCUGGCCUGCGGGUCUCCUGCCUGGGACUUGGAACAUGGGUGACCUUCGGAGGCCAGAUCACCGAUGAGAUGGCAGAGCAGCUCAUGACCUUGGCCUACGAUAAUGGCAUCAACCUCUUCGAUACGGCAGAAGUCUACGCAGCUGGCAAGGCUGAAGUGGUGCUGGGAAACAUCAUUAAGAAGAAAGGAUGGAGGCGGUCCAGCCUCGUCAUCACCACCAAGAUCUUCUGGGGCGGAAAGGCGGAGACGGAGCGGGGCCUGUCCAGGAAGCACAUCAUCGAAGGUCUGAAAGCUUCUCUGGAGCGGCUGCAGCUGGAGUACGUGGACGUGGUAUUUGCCAACCGCCCGGACCCCAACACCCCGAUGGAAGGGGACCCAUUUAGUUCCUCCAAGUCAAGGACAUUCAUCAUAGAAGAGACGGUCCGCGCCAUGACCCACGUCAUCAACCAGGGGAUGGCCAUGUACUGGGGCACGUCACGCUGGAGCUCCAUGGAGAUCAUGGAGGCCUACUCGGUGGCCCGGCAGUUCAACCUGACCCCGCCCAUCUGCGAGCAGGCUGAGUACCACAUGUUCCAGCGCGAGAAGGUGGAGGUCCAGCUGCCAGAGCUGUUCCACAAGAUAGGAGUGGGCGCCAUGACCUGGUCGCCUCUGGCCUGCGGCAUCGUUUCUGGCAAGUACGACAGUGGCAUCCCGCCCUACUCAAGAGCCUCGCUGAAGGGCUACCAGUGGCUGAAGGACAAGAUCCUGAGUGAGGAGGGCCGGCGCCAGCAGGCCAAGCUGAAGGAGCUGCAGGCCCUCGCCGAGCGCCUGGGCUGCACCCUGCCCCAGCUAGCCAUAGCCUGGUGCCUGAGGAACGAGGGAGUCAGCUCCGUGCUCCUGGGGGCCUCCAACGCCGACCAGCUCAUGGAGAACAUUGGGGCGAUCCAGGUCCUUCCGAAGCUGUCGUCUUCCAUUAUCCACGAGAUUGAUAGUAUUUUGGGCAAUAAACCCUACAGCAAAAAGGACUACAGAUCCUAAGCCGCCCCCGCCUGCUCGGACAGUUCCCAUUCCCUCCUCGUCUCUGUUCGCUUGCUUAAGCUGUUUCGAAGCCAAGUAAAGAGUGUGGUUUGCAUCAGAGAGAAACACCACACUGUGAUGUCAUCGGGAAAUCAUCUCCCAAGUCGCUGCCAGACACCGCCCACUGCUUCGCCGGACCACAUCGAAGUCCCACCUGUGCCGGGGACAGCAUUGGUUAGGAAGGACGUUCCAGCCGUCCCACCCAAGCCUGUCGUGUCCUCUCAUCCUCCAAGAAGAGACCACCCAGCUUUCUCCCAGGCACAGCCACGAGUCCCAAAGUCAAGGCCAGGCCAAGGCCCGUUGGGUCCUUGGGGCAGGCAGGGCCGGCCUCUCCUCUGCUGAGAAUCCCUACCUGGUGUCGGGGGAGGGGGAGAGGGGUCUGGCCCAUCAAGGGGCCCCUCUGCCAGGGCCUUGGUUGCUGGGGCAGGGCCUCCCCACUGGGGGUCUUCCUCCAUCUGUCACUUGCCAAGGGCUCCAGGUACAGUCUGGGGGGCCUGAUCCCAGAUUCCUUCCCAUCCUUCUCUGCUCCAACCUGCCCCACUGGGUCCCAGCAGGGGCCAUGCCUACCAAGCUCAAGCUGGCCCCUGACCCCCACCCACCCCCACCCUUGCUGGCAGGGGCAGGGACCCAGGGGGAUUGGCUCUGCAGUCUGGGAGCCACAAAAAGUGUAGGGGUCUGAUUUCCAGCUGAGCAUCCCACUGUCCUCCGUCCACACACCAAUGAGGAGCCUCACACUAGCGAGGCCCGGAGCACUUGGGAGGGGUCCCAGUGGGGCAGGCCCCUCUGUCCGGCCACCCCUCUGUCCUGGCCCCGGAAGUCCCUGUGGUCAUGUGCUCUUAGCUGGAUGGUGGCUGCUGGCCACAUCACAACACAUGGCAGCAGGAGGGCCCUGUGCACAGGGCCACAUUCCUCUUGGCCUCUGCAGACCUCCUGGAAAGCCGCUCCCCACACCAGGCCGCUGUUCUGUGCCAAGGUGGUGGGCUUGGGUUUUGCAGAGAGCAUGCUUGGACCCUUUCAGUAAAGAAGGGCCCUUGGGGUUUUCUGUGCUGUGUGCCCAGGACCAGGGGUCUGCAGCCCCCACAAUGUAGGCAAAGACCUCAAGGAACCUCUCCCUGGAAAGAUGGCCAGGACGGGUUAGCCCCUCCCACUGCCCAGUGCCUGGAACAGACUGGGGAGAGGGGAGGGAGGGCAGGGCAAGCCAGAGUGACACUCCCUGUGCAGCAUGGGCUGGAGGGCUGGAGAUGCCAAGAAGCCCGCAGGUGCUGAGGUGCCGUCUAGAGGCCCAGACCUGUGUCCCGAGCAGUACCCAGGCUUUGCUGACUAUGCAGGCCAGGGCUUUCCCGAAGCCGCCCCCACCCCUCGCCAGCAGGCCCCACAGGGAAGCCUGUGCCUCCUGCCCCCAGGGUGUACCUCAGCUCGGGCACCUCUGUUCCCACUUUGUCUUGGAGGAGCCACUGUUCCAGAAGGCUCCACCCUGCCAUCCUGCAGGGACCUGCUAUCCCGUCCUGGCCAGGCCGAGGCCUGGGAAGCUGUAUGUGAAAGCCACAAAAACCAGCGGGGAGAGGCCAGGUCGAGGGGAGGAGAGGGACACAGCUUCUGCCAUUCCCAACCCACCUUCACGCCGCCCCUGGCGUCUAAACCCGGGCCCCUCCUCGUAGACCAACUCCCCGGGUCUCCACCAGUCCUGCUGCCGGCUUCGCCAGCAGCAGCCCUGUAGCGGCGGGGCGGGGAAGUCCCCUCCCAACGGCGGUCCCAGCCUGAGGUCCAGGUCCAGGUAGGAGUCGCCUGUUUCCUUCCAGGACUGGGUCCUGCAGUGGCCAGUGGUGCCGGAGGGCAGGUGGCCCGCCCUUGCCUGCAGGGAGGGUGGCUGGCCCCAUCUCCACUGCCACCCCAGCCCCACCCACUGUUGGAAGAGGGAUGGGUGCACCAGGUGGUGCCCGGGGUGGGCACUGCUGCUUAAUACAAGCCACACCUGGGGCAGCUGAGCCUGAGAAGGCUGCGAGUUUGCCAAACACAGGGAGGCUGGGCCCCUGGUGAGCUUGGCCAAGGCCCAGGGCCCUGGUGCCAGGAUGCAGGCAGCCUCGGGCACAGCUCUUCCCACAACCUGGCUCCUGUGUGUCCCGUUUGCUCCACACCAAACCACAGCGAGGGUGUGAGGGGCUCUGCCUCCUGGGGCCAGGUCCCCCCACUAGGGAGGGGGUUGUUGGGUGGAACCAUCUGAGAAAGUACCUAAGGCCAAGGCCAGUUGCGGUCUAGAAAGGGUGGCGCUGACCCUGCUGGCCGCUGCGAAGCCCCCACUGUUUCCCUCCCACUCAGCCUUGUGGCCAGACCCCAGGUCCCAAGGAGUGACGGGGGCUUCCGCCCAUCUUCUGUCCUUGUCCAGUCAUGUAAAUAAUGUGCUUUUUCCCUUUUUUUUAACCAACUGUGGGGUCCUCAGCUAAUUGCAUUCCCUACCUAGGCAGAGACUGUCCUAUGCCUUGAGCUUCCAACCAAGACUCAGACCACGACACAGCCACCGUAUUUAUGGAAUGGCGAAAUAAAGCCCAAACC